UGAUUUGCACCAAAGAGGAGGAAAGCUGCUGAAGCCCCACACUGCGCCUCACAGGGGAAGAUGCGUUCCGCACAUCUCAUGCGCCUCGAGCUCGCGCCCAUCCUCCGGCACGAGCUCAACACCCCGUCUAAGAGAUUUCACCUGCCUGUUACCGCAGACUCGGAUUGCGUAUGAAGCGGAACAUGGGGAGCACCUCUGGAUGUUAACGAAGACAAAGCAGCCGAUUAAUAUUUAAAGAAAGCGCACAGUGUCGCGCGGACUGCUGCUGUAAUGCGAUAUUCAUAUUGAGAAAAAAAAAAAAAAAAAAAAGACCCAACGGGGGGCAGUGCAAAGUUGGAGCACCGGCACCGAGCGCGCGCGCGCACGCACCCACAUACACACACACGGACACACAACAAUGGAGUGACCCGGUACCGAACAAGCCCUUAAAACAUCUCCAAAAGUGGUGAGCAAUAGAAGAUGAUGCAGUGGUCUACUGAAAGUGGGAGCAGUCGGACUGGUGGUAAAAAGGAACCAUAUGAGCUUUCCCUUCUAAUGGGGCUUGUGUCAUAGACAGUGCAAACAGUGGAGAGUGGAAACCAUAGAGGAGCUGGAUGUCUCCUAAUCUAGAUUUAAUGUUUUCUCUGGUGCUGCAAGUCUAAGCUGCAGAAAUGACUGUGGUGGCAGGAGAUAACAUGGAUGAGACCUCAACCCUGCCAGGGCAUCCACAUGAUCCAUACCCCCAUGACCAUGAGGACCACGAGUGCUGCGAGCGUGUCGUUAUCAACAUCUCAGGCCUGCGCUUCGAGACUCAACUCAAAACACUUGCCCAGUUCCCAGACACGCUGCUGGGCAACCCCAAAAAGCGGAUGCGCUACUUUGACCCUUUAAGGAAUGAAUACUUCUUUGACAGGAACCGUCCAAGCUUUGAUGCCAUCCUCUACUACUAUCAGUCAGGUGGGCGGUUGAGAAGACCCGUCAAUGUCCCUUUAGACAUGUUCUCAGAGGAGAUAAAAUUUUACGAGCUCGGAGUAGAGGCCAUGGAAAAAUUUCGUGAGGAUGAGGGCUUCAUUCGUGAAGAGGAGCGUCCACUGCCAGAAAAUGAAUUUCAGAGACAGGUAUGGCUUCUGUUUGAACAUCCAGAGAGCUCGGGCCCUGCACGUGGCAUUGCAAUUGUGUCAGUUAUGGUCAUUCUGAUUUCUAUAGUCAUCUUUUGUCUGGAGACUUUGCCAGAACUCAAAGAGGACCCACAGGGGCAUUUGCAAACUGUUGGGAACAGUACUUUCUACUACAAGCCAAACAUUUUCACAGACCCUUUCUUUAUUGUGGAAACUCUCUGCAUCAUUUGGUUCUCCUUUGAACUGAUUGUCCGUUUUUGUGCUUGCCCAAGCAAAGCAGCCUACUUUAAAAACAUGAUGAACACUAUUGAUGUAGUGGCUAUUAUCCCCUAUUUCAUCACGCUUGGUACAGAGCUUGCUGAAGAUGAAGAGGGGAAGGAAGCAAAGGUAGGAGGUGAGCAGGCCACAUCUUUGGCCAUCCUCAGGGUUAUCCGCCUUGUCCGGGUGUUCAGGAUCUUCAAAUUGUCAAGGCACUCUAAAGGACUGCAGAUAUUGGGGCAGACACUGAAAGCCAGCAUGAGAGAACUGGGCCUCUUGAUCUUUUUCCUUUUCAUUGGUGUCAUCUUGUUUUCUAGUGCAGUGUUUUUUGCUGAGGCUGAAGAGAAGGAGUCCUUCUUUACCAGUAUUCCAGAUGCAUUCUGGUGGGCUGUGGUCUCAAUGACCACUGUUGGCUAUGGAGAUAUGUAUCCUGUGACCAUCGGAGGCAAGAUUGUGGGUUCCCUUUGCGCCAUUGCUGGUGUGCUCACCAUUGCACUUCCUGUUCCAGUGAUUGUGUCCAACUUUAACUAUUUUUACCACAGAGAAACAGAAGGAGAGGAGCAGGCACAACUCCUCAAUGUGAGUAAUCCCAACAUUGCGUCUGACUCCAACUCCAGUCGACGCAGUUCUUCUAUCAUAAGUAAGUCGGAAUACGUGGAGACAGACGAUGAUAUGAAUAACAGCAUUGACAAUUUUAGGGAGGCAAACCUGAGAACUGGGAACUGCACUCAUAUCUCAAACCAGAAUUGUGUGAAUAAGGGCAAGCUUCUGACAGAUGUGUAACUCUUGCUCCACUUUUAUUUUGAAGAAACAACAAACAUGACGUAUUGAUAAUACGAGAAUGCUUUAUAUAGGCCUAGGUCAAUGCAUUAUUGCAUUGCAUUUGCUUUACCAAGACAAGUAAUACAUUCAUAUGCCACUGAAUUUUUGCUGAAAAUUAAGAUUUUGAGGAUAAAAAGGAGAUUAAAAUGCAGGUCCAAAUAAGAACUCCACCUGUCAACAGUAGGAUCGUCAGAAAAACAAGUCGACAUGGAUUAUUACAAUAACAGAUUGUCUACAGCAUCUGGAAUUGAAUUCCUAAAGCAUUAUGCAGAUUCUGAUGUGUUAUUUCAUUUUUGAGGAACGAGUGCUGUUCAUCUUGAGGUUCAGCAAACAGCAGUGCACUUCAUUAUUAAUGGAAAAUCAUGGCUUCUUGCCAUUGCUGGUAUUUCUCCAUCACAUGCUAAAAUCUUACUCCUAAGAUCCAAUACUAUGUGAAAAAGAACAUGGCUUUUGGAAGUGUAUAAGCAUGUUGAAAUAUUCUUUGGUUAUCAAUCAUGGCAUGCUCAAAUCAUUACCUCAAUAUUUUUCUAUUCAUUUACAUAUUGCCCUCAGAUUCCAGACAUUGGUUUUGCAAAAUGCAGUGCUUAUUAUGUCUUGUUCCUGGCAUGGACUGGGAAAUGAAUGUUUAACAGUAAGGUUGAUGCAGUGAAGCUUUGAGGUCUACUUAACUCAGGUACUAUGUAUCUUGGUAUAAUUAAGUCAUGGCACCAUUAUUAACAGAUCAUAAUCGAUCUCUUUGUAUGUACUUGAAGAUUAAUACAGGGAUCCAAAUUUAUUUCAAAAAUAUCUUUUAAAACAAUAUACAAGUAUACUGUAAUGGCAUUCAUUAGCAAUGUCAUUACAUUCCUAACAGUAUUACAUCUGCAGUUAAUGGGACAUGGAGGUAAAACCAUAGGGAUUAUAGAGCUGACAAUUAAAGGAUACCAACUAUAACUUAUUAGCUUUUUGUAGGAUUCCUGGGUAUCUGAUAGUGUUUCAUAUGGGCUGAUUUAUUAGGUGACAGUACAGUACAGCUGCCAGUGCAAUAUUUUCAAACAAGUCAAACUAAUGCAUUCAUUUUAGUUUUUAGCAACAUUAACAAGAAUCAAUCCAAUUGUAAACUUCUCAAAAGCUACUGCACAACUCUUAUUAACUACCCUUUACUGCUUGCAACUCAUCCAUGAUUUUACCACAUAUUACCCAUUUAGUCAACUUUACAAGGAAAAUAUAUAGUGUAUCUGCUUUGACAUCUACGCUGUUUGAAGAUAUACAUAUAUUACUCUGUAUAUGUUGCAUAUAGUGCCUUUAACCCCCUUACUGACAGAACUUUUAAAAAAGUGCCUCCAUGUACAAUAACAUCAGUUUUACUGUGCAACUCCUUUUAACUGUAUGAUGCAAUGUCAAGGACCAAUCGGAGUAUGAUUUGUAUUAAAAUAGAAUAUGCACAGCAGAACAAAGUUUCAGGACAGGAAUGGGGAAGGUCCAUCCCAUGGCCUCAGUGUGAAGAAAGUGAUGAUUUGAUGAUUGCUAAAGCGAGCUGCUUGAGAUGUCGAACAAGGGAAAGUAAGAACAGUUCGACCUCAGAAAACAAGUGGGAUAGCUUAAGUUUCGUCCUGUCAAACCUUGUACAUAAAUCCCAAUUGAUCACCCCAGUUAAUCUGAGAAACAGUCAAUGUGGUGUAGAGAUGAGAGGAAAUAUAUAUUUUUUAUCUUUUUGCUGCCUGUUCAUCCAUCGUUUUUAUUUUAUUUUCAUCUGAUUUUGAUUUCAUAAUAAUCUCAUAAUAAGCCUUUUUUAUGUGUUUGUCUACCUCACUGUGGUCAUGUAUAGACUGAAAUCCCAGAAGCUUAACAUCCUGCUAGGCAUUCUAUCACUGCCUUUUCUAAUAACUAUUAAGCAACCUUUAUCUGCUAGUUUAUUCUAAAACAGUGUAAAGAUUUGUAACACUGUUAAAAUAACAGUCAUCAGUAACCUAAAUAUAACCAGAGGCACCAUAUUUAUUGCUUUUUUAAAAGUAAAUGGUGUGAUUUUUAACAGAUUUUUAACACUGCCAGGAAAUAAAGCAACCUACUGCUCAGUAUAUUUAUCCAUAUAGAGACAACAACAGUUAAUUAAAGGGAACAUGAACAAAAAGCAACAAAUACUUUGUAUACCUGAUAAAAUAAUGCUACAUUGUAGAUUUUACUGUAUGUGAUGUUGGGCUACAAGUCUAUCAAUGAAAGCAUUUUUGGAAAAGCAGUUUGCGGAGAUCAGUUUCCUAUCUACUUCGGGACAGGAGCAAAGUUAGAUAAAAUUUAGCACUAAA